UAAUUCAAUUUUCUUAUAUACUCAUCAACUAUCAAACCAUCCAAACAGCCAAAACGCAGGGAAUCCCACCCUCGACCUUUCCUGCUCCUUAACUCAGUCCGUCUCUUUCAAAAAAUCAACCCAUAAAACCCGCUGCUACAAAAAUUUUCCAUUUGGGUAUCAGAUUCUGGAAUUGCACCCCAACCAUUUUUCCUUUGCAUUUUUUUCCUUUUCGUUAGGGUACUGAGGAGGCCAUUAGAGGGGGAGAUGUGAUUGGAUUAUGGUAUUUCGCGACAUGGCGAGGGACGGGUGCGUGGUACCUGCCGACCCUCAGGUGGCUGCCGCCGCCGCUGUCAAGAAGAAGACUCAGCCUGCCAGGAGUUGGAUUCUCGUCGACGCUUCUGGACAAGGCACCAUUCUUGAUGCCGACAAGCAGGCUAUCAUGCAUCGCGUGCAAAUUCACGCGCGUGAUCUCCGGAUUCUCGACCCAUUGUUGUCGUAUCCUUCAACUAUUCUUGGACGAGAGAGGGCUAUUGUUUUGAACUUGGAGCACAUCAAGGCAAUUAUCACUUCUGAAGAGGUGUUGCUUCGAGAUCCACUGGAUGAGAAUGUCAUCCCGGUUGUGGAGGAACUUCAAAGGCGAUUACCUCCUGCAAAUCACAUUGUCCAAGGCCAAAGAGAUGGGAAAGGUUAUCCCAGUGGACAAAAUGAUGUUGAAGCUGGUGAAGAGGAUGAGUCUCCAUUUGAAUUCAGGGCAUUGGAGGUAGCUUUAGAAGCCAUCUGUAGUUUUCUAGCUGCACGCACAACAGAACUAGAGACUGCUGCUUAUCCUGCUUUGGAUGAGCUUACCUCCAAAAUUAGUAGCCGUAAUUUGGACAGAGUUCGAAAAUUGAAGAGUGCAAUGACAAGGUUGACUGCUCGGGUUCAGAAGGUGAGAGAUGAACUUGAGCAACUGCUGGAUGAUGAUGAUGAUAUGGCUGAUCUUUACUUGUCAAGAAAGUUAGCUGGUGUAUCUCCAGUCAGUGGAUCUGGUGGUGCCUAUUGGUUUAAAGCUUCCCCUACCAUAGGUUCAAAAAUUUCUAGGGCAAGUAGAGCAAGUAUGGCAACUGUUCAUUUGGAUGAGAAUGAUGUUGAGGAGCUUGAAAUGUUACUAGAGGCCUAUUUCAUGCAAAUUGAUAGCACUUUGAACAAGUUAAACACUUUGCGUGAGUAUAUUGAUGAUACUGAGGAUUACAUUAAUAUUCAGCUUGACAAUCAUCGAAAUCAGCUGAUUCAGUUAGAGCUCUUUCUAAGCUCGGGAACUGUAUGUCUAUCCUUCUAUUCUUUGGUGGCUGGAAUCUUUGGCAUGAAUAUCCCAUAUACAUGGAAUGAACACCAUGGAUACAUGUUUAAAUGGGUGGUAAUCGUAACAGGAGCAUUUUGUGCAGCUCUUUUCUUCCUAAUCAUGUCAUAUGCUCGCUACAAAGGUCUGGUUGGAUCUUGAAUGAUAAGAUUCUCCUUGUUCUCAUUAGACACAGAUUACUGAGAAUUCUUGAUGGGAAGGUCAGAUGCUGGACCUACUCAAAUAGUGGAUUGUGGACUAUGGAAUGGAGGAAGUUCACAUUAGCUGUCAAAAGCCUGAUCAACUGGUUCUGGCACCAAAAAUGAUAAUUGUAAAACAAUACAGGAUGAGAUAUACUUGUCAGUUUUUCUUCACAGUGAUUCAUUGUUUGUUUCCCCCUUUUUUUUUUCCUUACAGGUAUAAGCAUAGUUUAUCCAUUAUUAUUUUCAAAACAAAAAUUGGUAUCAUCUCAAAGAAAAAUACAAUUAACUUAUUGAGAUUUUUUUUUUUGCUUAA